AUGAACAUCCUCCGCUGGCCAGAUAUCCCUCACCCAGCCCUCGUGGCGACCACCGCCGCCGUCGCAACCGCCUCGCUCAUCGUCCUCGCCAAAGCGACCCUCUGGCCGCGCAGACAGCGCAUCCUACGAAGUCCUUUGAAGACAGUCAUACCUAGGGCGUCGGAGGCAGAGCUCAAUGAGUUGGUGUACCUGCCCGAUGCGUUUCCGGGGGCACGCGACGUGGAAACACCGUAUGGCACAAUCCGGGUAUAUGAAUUCGGACCAGAAGAUGGUGAAAAGGUCCUCCUCGUUCAUGGGAUAAGUACCUCGUGCAUCACACUGGGACGAAUUGCACACGCCCUCGUCAAGCGAGGAUGUCGGGUCAUGCUCUUCGACCUCUUUGGACGUGGCUUCACAGAUGGGGUAGGCGAUAUCCCGCACGACACGCGCCUCUACACCACGCAGAUGCUCCUCGUGCUGGCAUCCUCCCGCCUCUCCUGGACAGGAACAUCCGGGUUCAGACUAAUAGGGUACUCAUUGGGCGGGGCCAUCGUCAUCCCCUUUGCGAAUGCGUUCCCGCACAUGGUCUCGUCGCUGGUUCUCCUCGCGCCAGCAGGUCUUAUUGACGCGGCGUCCUUUGGCGCCGUAAGCCGGUUCAUCUUCUCGAGCGGGUUUAUCCCGGAGCGCAUUCUGGCGGUUCUAACGGGGAGGAGGCUGCAGCGACCGAUUGCGGCGUCGAGGUCCAAGGCCAAGGCUGCGGCGGUGAUGGCAGCCGCUGAGGCAGAGGAUUUGAAUGGGGAGACGAAGACGCCGUUGGAGGAGAGGGUGUUGGAGUAUGUGCGGUGGAUGGUGCUUCAUCAUGAGGGCUUCGUGCCGGCGUUUAUGUCGUGUAUUCGGUAUGCGCCGCUGACGGAGCAGCACGAGCAGUGGAAGGGUCUUGCGAGGAGGGAUAGGGGCACUACGGCGGUAAUUUUCGCGGAGAGGGAUGAGUUGAUUAGUGCGGAGGAUUAUGCGCGUGAUGGACUGCCGCUUGCAGGGGGCGAGGGACAUGUCUUUUGGAGGGUGGUUCCGGGAAGCCAUGAUUUUGUAAUGACGCAUGUGAGUGUGAUUAUGGAGCAGCUGGAUGAGUUUUGGGAUAUGAAAGCGUAG